AUGGCGGGGUCCCUGGUGGAGAGGGAGACCAUGCAGUUGAACAGCAGGCGUUUAAGCAGUCCAUUGGGGUCACCUGUUCAAGCAGAGGUCUACUUUCCACGAUUGACAGUUCCGUUCUGUGGUCACAUAAAAGGUGGCAUGAGGCCGGGGAAGAAGAUCCUCAUUAUGGGAAUUGUCGGCAUGAACCCAGAGAGUUUUGACAUCAGACUGACAUGCGGAGACACGGAUGAUCCACACACUGACGUUGCCAUUGAAAUAAAAGCAGAAUUCAGUGAUAAACAAUUACUCAGAAAUGCCUGUGUCUCUGGGGAGUGGGGAGAGGAGGAGUCAGCUAUUCCUUAUUUUCCAUUUAUUGCGGACCAGCCAUUCAGAGUGGAGAUACUCUGCGAACAUCCACGUUUCAGGGUAUUUGUCGAUGGACACCAGCUUUUUGACUUUUAUCACCGUGUUGAACUUCUCUCUGCUAUUGACACUGUAAAGAUCAAUGGAGACCUCCAGCUUACCAAACUAGGUUGA